AUAAAAUCAGACACGCACAUCCCCAUUCACCAGCAGCUUCGCCAUCAUACCAAAACUAGUACCAAAAGGGAAAAACGAUGGAGUCCUCCGAGGCGGGCUGGCACUCGUUUGAUCCGUCAGUCGCCGUGGAGGACUCCGAGGCAAUGGCCCAGCUGCUCGGGGUGCAGUACUCUGGCAACGAGCAGAAGCAGCCAACAACGCCGACGGCCAUGGCCAUGUGCUGGCCUGGCCAAGAAGCUGACGACCAGCACUACAGCUCGGCCGCGGCGUACCCGUACUGCACGCAGAUGCAGCAACCCGACCCGGGUGCAAGUGCAAGCUGCUACGACUAUGACUACUACUAUGGCAGCAACACGUUCACGAUCACCGGCGACUUCUUCGUGCCGGAGGAGCAGGUGGCGGACCCCAGCUUCAUGCUCGAUCUGAACCUCGACUUCGAGUACCACCAGGAAGGCGAGGGCAUCGGCCACGGCGGCGGCGGUAACGGUGAAACGGCGCCGGUGUGCAAGAGGAGGCAGCUGGAGGAUCAGAAGAAGGGCGAGAACACCACGUGCACCGUCGUUCCAAAGAAGAAAUCGCGAUCCACCGCAGUACCGGCGCAGAAGAAGGGCAAGAAGGCGCACAAAGGCGCGUGCAGCCGAGGCAACCAGGAGGAGAGCAACGGCGGCGACGACGGCAAUAAUAAUGUUGCACAGCCGCAGCAGUGCUCCGACAACUACUACCUGUCUGACGACGACUCGCUGGAGAUGACCGCCGCGUGCAGCAACGUGAGCUCGGCGUCCAAGAAGUCGUCGUCGUCGGCAGCAGGUGGGAAGGCCAGGGCUGGGCGUGGGGCUGCCACUGAUCCGCAAAGCCUCUACGCCAGGAAAAGGAGAGAGCGGAUCAAUGAGCGUCUGAAAGUACUGCAGACUCUUGUUCCCAAUGGAACCAAGGUAGAUAUCAGCACGAUGCUUGAAGAGGCAGCUCAAUACGUCAAGUUCUUGCAGCUCCAGAUCAAGCUUUUGAGCUCGGAUGAUAUGUGGAUGUUCGCUCCGAUCGCCUACAACGGGGUCAACGUUGGCCUCGACCUCAAGAUCUCUCCACCGCAACAAUGAUCUACGCCGAUGUGAAGAUGCAUGGCCGAUGUUCAUUGUCAAUGCAGCACGUAUGUAGAUAUUUCCAUGUUUGUAUUUUGUUAGUUUGUUCUUGAAUUCAUAUGUAAGAUUCAACGCGGAAGGACAGUCGGCUACCACUUUUACAGUCCAACCACUGGCCUUCAUUCUCUCUGAAUGACCUGCUCAUCUUUUUAACUUCAAAAUAGUACACUCUAUUCUACAUAACUAGAAUUUUCGCGUGGCGUUGCCGCGUGCUUUAUAUCCUAUCAGCUAAAGUUGGUCCUAUUUUUGUGUAAUCCAUAAUCUGGAACAAUUUGUUGUGUUUUGCAAACAUCAGAGUGUCUGGAUGUAAUAGUACUGUUAGGUGAACAUUAUUGCAUGAUUUGUAAAAUGGAAAGCAAUAAAAGAUGAAUUACAGGAA